UCAACAUUCUGGAAAUUAACAAUUCCGUAGAAGCUAUUAACGUUAUUAUUUACUUUAUUAAAGUGUUAAUUUCACUUGUUUAUUAAAAAGUCAUUAGAAAUGGGAUUUUUAGCAGCAAUCGGUCUUAUUGUUAUCAUAUAUUAUAUAGUUCAAUUCUUUUUAUGGACAAUUUUAGAUUGUGAUAUCGAAUUGUUUCUUGCAUCGACUCUUGGGAAGCCCAUAAGCAGUUUAAAGGGCAAAGUCGUUUGGAUUACUGGGGCAAGUUCCGGUAUCGGACGUGAACUCGCGAAAAUACUUUCCAAAAAUGGUGUCAGACUUAUUUUGACAGCACGCAAUUCUCGUGAAUUAGAAGCAACUAAACAAGAAUGUUUAUUACUUGCGGGAGGAGCAUUAAAUUCAGAUGAUAUACUUGUAAUAACAUUAGAUAUGUUAAAAUUCGCAUAUCAUCAAGAUACCUUUAAUCGUGUCAUACAACAUUUUCGUGGUCUCCAUAUUCUAGUCAAUAAUGCUGGAAGAUCUCAACGGGCAGAAUGGAAUAAAAUUGACAUCAAUGUCGAUCGAGAGUUGUUUGAGUUGGAUGUUUUUUCUGUUAUUCAUUUAUCACGUCUUGCUGUCACAUAUUUUGAACAAAAUAAUGUCAAGGGACAAUUGGCAGUAACAAGCUCAACAGCUGGAUUAAUAGGAGCUCCUAACUCUGCUUCUUAUACUGGAGCUAAACAUGCUUUGCAUGGAUAUUAUGAAGCAUUGAGAAAUGAGAAACCUAACAUAAAUGUGAAUAUUUACUGUCCUGGUCCUACAUUUUCAAAUUUCCUACAAGAAGCAUUUGUUGAGAUUCCAGGUCAAAAGUAUAAUCAUCCCGUUCAAAGUGACGAUAAACGAAUGACAGCCGAACGAUGUGCUUAUUUGUAUGCUAUAGCGCUAGCUAAUAACACUGGAUUAUGCUGGUCAGGAAUUUUCCCCAUCAAUUGGAUUGCUUAUAUUGGUUUAUAUUAUCCCAAUAUCAAGCGAUUCUUGCUAGCUGUUAUUGGUACAAGACGUUUGCAAAAAAUUCGUGAUGGACGAUGCAACAAUACCAACGAUCCAAGUAGAGCUUGAAAACUGAUCUGCUCUUUUCAAUUCAUAUAUAAGCGUAUUUUUUCUAUACAUUCGUUAAAAACCAUUUAUUAUAAAAAGAGAACAAAUGUGGCGAAUCUCAUAUACAUACUUUAAUUUUAAAAGGGAGCUUAAGACGCUUUGUCUGUAUUUUCAUCUGUCCGUCUUUUUUAACUCUAUGAAAAUGAGGGAAUAUUUCUAAUUCCUUAAUUAUUACCGUCAAAAAGAC